AUGCAAGCUAUUGCCGAUAGUUUUAGCACACCAAACACUUUGGUAAAGGAACUUCAGUACGACGAUGAACAGAAUUUAGAAAACGAUUUCGUAACAGGUGCAUCCCAAUUUCAACAUUUGGCGCCAACACUCACGGUUCCACCAAUUGCGUCUCCACAACAGUUUUUGAGGGCACAUACGGACGAUUCGCGAAACCCAGACUGUAAGAUCAAGAUCGCUCAUGGUACCACUACUCUAGCAUUCAGAUUUCAAGGCGGUAUUGUUGUGGCAGUAGAUUCUCGUGCUACCGCUGGGAAUUGGGUUGCUUCCCAAACAGUGAAGAAGGUUAUUGAGAUUAACCCAUUCCUAUUGGGUACAAUGGCUGGUGGUGCGGCAGACUGUCAAUUUUGGGAAACUUGGUUAGGUUCUCAAUGUAGGCUACACGAAUUAAGAGAAAAAGAACGUAUAUCCGUUGCUGCUGCAUCCAAGAUUUUAAGCAAUUUAGUAUACCAAUAUAAAGGCGCUGGUUUAUCCAUGGGUACGAUGGUUUGCGGUUACACUAAGAAGGAAGGUCCAACCAUUUAUUAUGUCGAUUCAGACGGUACGAGAUUAAAAGGUGACAUAUUCUGUGUCGGUUCAGGUCAGACAUUCGCAUAUGGUGUCCUGGACUCCAACUACAAAUGGGAUCUAUCCGUUGAGGAUGCUUUAUAUUUAGGUAAGAGAUCGAUUUUAGCUGCUGCUCAUAGAGAUGCCUUUUCUGGUGGUUCCAUAAAUUUAUACCACGUUACCGAAGAUGGUUGGAUAUAUCACGGUAAUCACGAUAUUGGUGAAGUAUUUUGGGAAAUCAAAGAAAAGGAAGGGUCUUUCAAUAAUGUCAUUGGCUAA